UCAGUGCUCCCUUGUGAGGUAGCCAGAGGUUGCUCCAAAGCCUGGGUGGAAGAACAUCUGUGCCGUGUCUUUUUACAGGCAUUGCCACUGGGGGGGAGGGAAAGGUACAGACACCUGGAGCAUUAUUGCCCCUUCCUUGGAUUUAAGAAACUACAGAUGAAAUGGACUGGCUUCCUUACAGAACAGCUGCUGUGCUGUUUAUUUUAAUGGUGUCUCUGGAUUUCAGCAUCGGUUCUUUUCAUGUUGAGGUAAAAGAAUGGAAUGAAAAAGGAAUGGAGAGAUGGAAAUCCCAUCGGAGGCAGAAACGAGAAUGGAUUAAAUUUGCUGCUGCCUGUAGGGAAGGAGAAGAUAAUUCAAAAAGGAACCCAAUUGCAAGAAUCCGAUCAGAUUGUGAAAAAACGCAGCCAAUUAUAUAUAAAAUAAGUGGAGUAGGAAUUGAUCAACAUCCUGUGGGAGUAUUUGUCAUCAACCAGAAGACUGGUGAAAUUAAUAUAACAAAAAUAGUAGAUCGAGAAGAAACUCCAAUGUUUGUGAUUCACUGUCACGCUAUAAAUGUUAUGACUGGAAAAUCAGUAGAAACACCUCUUGAUCUUCGUGUUCGGGUUCUGGAUAUAAAUGACAAUCCACCAAUAUUUACACAACACAUGUUCUCAGGGUCAAUAAUAGAAAGCAGUAUGGAGAAUACAUUUGUAAUGAAAAUAACUGCUACAGAUGCUGAUGAGCCAAAUAAUUUAAAUUCCAAAAUUGCCUACAAGAUUGAAAGCCAGACUCCUUCAGGCCCAUUAUUGUUUAUCUUGAACACAGAGAAUGGAGAACUUCACAUUGCAAAAGCUCUUGAUAGAGAGGAACAAAGUCAAUAUACUCUGGUUGUCAAAGCCUCAGACAGAAAUGGAGGGCCAGAUGGAAUAUCAUCAGAAUGUCUGUGUCAGGUUAAAGUUCAGGAUGUGAAUGAUAAUUUUCCUACUCUUUCACAAAGCUCGUUUUCAGUAUCAAUUCUAGAAAAUUCACUGAGUCAGGAGCUGCUAAGGAUACAGGUAUUUGAUGCAGAUCAAGAAUUUACAGAUAACUGGUUUGCGGAAUUUUUCUUUAUAUCUGGAAAUGAAAACCACAAUUUUGAGAUCACAAUAGACAGAACAACUAAUGAAGGUAUCCUGAGUGUUGUAAAGGAAAUUGAUUAUGAACAAUUUUCAACCAUAAACAUUAAUAUUGGUGUGCGAAAUGUUGCCCCUUUCCACUCUUCUGUGGCUUCUCUUUAUCAACCUACUGGAAUCCCAAUUGUGGUGCAGAUAACUAAUGUAAUUGAAGGACCAGCAUUUAGUCCAUCUACAAUGACCAUCACUGCAUCUGAGAGCUUAACAAGCGAAAGUAUACUCACUUACACUGUUGCGACAUUCCAAGCCAUUGAUCAAGAUACUGGAAAAAUUGCCACAAAUAUUCGGUAUGAGAUAGGCCGUGAUCCUGCUGCCUGGUUUCAAAUCAAUCCUCAAACUGCUGUCAUCACUUUUAAGAAAACUAUUGAUCGAGAAUCAAUUUAUGUAGUCAAUGGGGUAUACACAGCAGAGGUACUUGCUAUUACCAGAGGCAGCCCUUACACAACAGCCACUGGCACUAUUAUGCUUACUAUUCAAGAUGUCAAUGAUAACUGUCCUAUUCUGACUGAGGAGAUCAGAAGAGUAUGUAUGGACAAUCCAAAUGUGGUGAUCACAGCUAACGAUCCAGAUGAUUCUCCAUAUGGGCCACCCUUUACGUUUAGCAUUAUCGCUCAGCCUCAAGACAGCUGGUGGGAUAUCAAAACAGUAAAUGGUACUUCUGCAGCUCUGUUCACUAACAACAUAGAAUUCAUAAUUUAUGAGGUCCAAGUCAGAGUGACCGACAACAGUGGCAAAAGCUGUCAAAGGCCACUUGUAAUUCCUCUGCAAGCCUGUCAUUGUGAUCAAAAUGGAAUGUGUGUCAAAAUGGCUACCAAAAGAGUCAAAGUUAUAAUUAUUGGUGGUGGUGGAGCUGGUGGAGGAGCAGGUGGUGGAGGAGCAGGUGGUGGAGGAGCAGGUGGAGGAGGAGCGGGUGGUGGAGGUGCAGGUGGUGGAGGAAUGGGUGGUGGAGGAGCAGGUGGCGGAGGAGCAGGUGGUGGAGGAAUGGAUGGAUGGGGAACAGGUGGUGGAGCAACAGGUGGUGGGGGAACAGGCAGUGGAGGAGCAGGUGGUGGAGGAGCAGGUGGCUGGGGAACAGGUGGAGGUGGUACUGAUGGUGGUGGUGGUGGUGGUGGUACAGGUGGCACAGGUGGCGAAUAUGUACAUGAUGGCACUAGUGGACAUGUGAUUGACGUAGGAGGAGCAAGGCAAAAUUCUGGAGAUACAUCUCUUAGCGCAGCUGCCAUUGGCCUGAUGAUUCUUGGAGGAUUAAUAUUUGUGUUGGUACCAAUUCUGAUGUCACAGAGUGAUUGUUUUGGUUAUCUGGGAUCCAGAUCUGCUGGUGGAGUAGGAGCUGGAUUUGAGCCUGUGCCUGAAUGCACAGAAGGAGCUAUCCAUUCCUGGGGAAUUGAAGGAGCACAGCCUGAAGACCGGGAUGUGUCAAAUAUCUGUGCACCAGUAACUGGUGCAAGUAAAGGGGAGUUUGCAGACUCUUCAGAUAUCUACACAACUAAAUAUGGUGAUGGAGGAAUGGUGAGUUCAGGAAUUGAAGAAACAACAGGACUUGGAGCAACAAAAGGCUAUGGAACUGGACUUGGUUAUGGGACAACCACGGGCUAUGGGCUAACGGGACGGAAAGAUACAUUUGGAGGAAUAAAAGAAUACCGAGAAAGUAGUGUGAAUAUGGCCUUCCUAGACAGCUACUUCUCUGAGAAAGCAUUUGCCUAUGCUGAUGAAGAUGAAGGCAGACCUGCAAAUGACUGUCUCCUAAUAUAUGAUCAUGAGGGCAUAGGCAGUCCUGUUGGUUCCAUUGGCUGUUGCAGUUUUAUUGGGGAUGAUCUGGAUGAGUCCUAUUUGGAUACACUGGGUCCUAAAUUUAAGACCCUGGCGGAGAUCUGCUUGGGAAGAGAGAUUGAGCACUUCCCAGGUCUCAAUAUGCCUCUGCCCAAUCCUGAUAUUGAGGUAAAUCUGCCACCACCUGGAACCACGAUUGUUGUUAACACAUCUUCAUCUAUGCCUCAACCUACUGCUGUUGGUGGUACCACGGUUGUUACAGAAAAUACUUACACCACCACUUCCAAUGUACAACCUCAAAGGCCAAUGCCUGAUCCUAUGCUCCAUGGUAAUGUAGUUGUAACAGAAACAUAUACUUCAGGCUCAACAAUGAAACCUCCUACACUUAAUGUUGAUCCUCUGAGUGAAUCAAAUGUUGUGGUCAGAGAAAGAGUGCUGGCUCCUGCCCCAGUCACUGAUUUGCAUGGCAUGAUAGAUAUUCCCGAUCUACCAGGUGGGUCAAAUGUUGUGGUCACAGAAAGAGUAAUUGCUCCUAAUUCAAGGUUACCAGCUUCUUUGAGCAUUCCUAAUUUGACAGAAGGGUCAAAUGUAAUUGUGACCGAAAGAGUGAUUCGACCUGCUGCUAGUGUACAUGGCAACAUGACUCUCCCUUCUGACAUAUCAAGUGCCCGUAAUGUAGUUGUAACCGAAAGAGUUCUGUCUGGAACAGGAGCGAGUGGUGGCCCUGGGAAUCUAAGUAGUGGUCCUAAUUCAUUGUUGACUUCUGAUAAUCUUCUUAGUCAGACAAUUGGAACAGCUUCUCCUGGUUCAACUCGAAGAAGGGUAACAAAAUACAGCACUAUACAGUAUUCUAAUUAGUAAAGAUCAUUUGUGACUACGUGUUUUCUCUCCCCCUUUUUAUUUUUUAGAUAUGCUGCUAAAUAAUGUUUUUAUUAUUUAUAGAUAGCAAAUUAAAAAUCAGAAAAAUGAUUCUUGUCUGAAACAGAAUCUCCUAACAUUAUUUAGUUAUAAAACAAAAUAUAAGGGCACUGCCAACAUAAGAAAAUUCUGAUAUAUUGCCUUUGGAAACAUGAUAGUGUACAUAAUGGAGAAAUCACUAACAGAGCCUUUUGUAUAUAUUUGCUGUUGAGCAAUAUUUGGACCAAUAUAUCACUCCUCUUUAUUAUCAUAUUUAUCACUCCUCUUAUUAACACCAUGGUAAGGAAAUGCAACUGUGCACAAAGUGAUUUAUAGGAACUGUUAAAUUCUGGAAUUCCUUACUGUAUUUUAAAGCAAUUGCAUAGAAACUGUUCCAAAUAAUGAUCUGAUAAAUUCAGCAGUUUAGUUUCAUCUUAAAGCAGUUAGUCAACAUAAGCAAAAAGAUAAAAAAGUGUCAACAGAAAAAAAUGGCAUAUAUUAAUGCUGUAUCUGUGAACAAGACUAUGAAUUACAAUCAGUAUAACAGUCCUUAAGAAUGACAGUAUUCUGCUGUAACAAUAGAAAUGUAUAGAAUGUUAACAGAUUUAGGCAGCAUAUCAUGUAUUAUGAAAGUAUUUGUGAGUGGACAAAUACUCAUUUGUGCUUUAUUUUAAAUUUAAAUUUCAAACAUAUAGCAAAAAAAUAACAGCAACAACCACCUUCCUCUGAUUUUAUACAGAGAUAAAAUUGCUAUAUGUGAUUUAAACAGAAACUUGAAUACCAAAAUAUUCUUCUCCCAAGAAAAUAGAGAAACAAGGUCUCUACAUAUUUAAAUCCCAAAUGCUGAGCUAUUAAAAUAAAGUAUAGGCUUCAUUAGACAGAAUCCAAAAAGCUAUUUUAGACUUAGAAUUGACAGAAAAGUGGUAGAAAUUUAGAUCUAUUCAUUUUUCAAUAGCAAAUCACAAUACACUAUUGCUAGUCAUUCUGUCCAUUGAUAUAGGAUUCUGAAAAUUUUAAAAAAAAAUGUUGAUUCCAUUCUCAAAUAAAAGACUUCAGAUGACUUCCCAUCAGUUUUUAACAAUUUAAUUCUAAAAAAACCCUGAUCUUUCAGGGCAAUAGUUCAUAACCAUGUUUGGCAUGAAAAAAUAACACAAUUCUUUAGAACCUGACCUUCAUUAUUUAGUUAUGUACCAUAUGUAAACUAAAAGUAGCUCCAAUAUAGAGAAUACACUCCAAUGUAAAUACAGUUAUUAGACGCAAGAAAUGCCACCAGAUUAUAGUAAACUAUCCCCUUUACCUUUUAUGUACACCAGGGGUGUCAAACUGGCAGCCCACAAGCCAAAUGAGUCCCACGCAGGCCACGCCCACCCCAGCUCUGUGAAGGGGGAAAAAAAUCACAAAACAUCAUGUGAUGGCAAUGUGACGCUGCGAGUUUGACACCCAUGAUGUACACUGUUAGUUUUGGUAUAGAAUUCUAUAGUAACGUAAGAAUAUGGGUUUUUAUCUCUGCUCCUGGUGUUUAAUUUUCUUCCCAAUUUAACAAGCAUGUUGACCAGCCCAAAGAUACUAAGAUGUAAAUACAAGAGUAAUUUCUAAUACAUCUAGCAACUUGAUCUAGUAUCCACAGUUGAUUUUUUUUUUGCAGAAAGCUUCCCCUCAGCUCUUUUUUCUACAGACAAAAAUAUGGCAUUGUACCUUUAAUUUGUCUUUAUAUCUUUUUUAAAAUCUGCCCAAAGCAACCUGAAACCUUGCAAAAUAUUCGAAUUGUGCAUAUGUAUACUUUGUUUUCCAAAUAAUCCUGGAAAUCAUAGUUUCAAAUAUGAGAUAUCUUUCACUUUCUUCCCCUAAUUACUAACCUAAUUAUGUCUUGUAAUCAUUUAAUGAGACAUUAACCAUUAUGUAAUUAUUUAAUGCCACACCUAUUUUCUUACAUGCGGAAAUCAGCCCAGUCGCAAUUGUAUUUUUGCAUAGUUGAAGUAUGAAGAGUUUUAUACCUGUAGAAAAUGAACACCCAUCUUUUAAUUAAAAUCUCUGUUUUAUUCCUGAGCUCAGGCAGCAUGCAUGACGCUUCCAGGUGUGUAGAAAAGGGACAGAGCUGGUGUUGCCAUGCUGUAAUGCUGUUUAUGUUGUUUGAACCACCCCCUUGCUGCCCCCUCGAAACAUUGCUGCUUGAGUUUGAUUUGGUUAUAGCAGAGGACUUCAACUCCCAGUAUUCUGUGCUGUGCUGGCUGGAGAAUUCAGGGAGUUGAAGUCCACAAGUCUUAAAGCUGCCAAGUUUGAAGACUUCUGGGUUAUAGUAAUACAGGGUAAAAUCAAAGCUGUUAAGUAGUCACUUGAAUUCCUCUGUUAAAGGAAAUGCUAUUUAACUGUCCCCAUGACAAUAUGUUAAACAAUCUGAAGCAGGGGUCUCCAACCUUGGUCCCUUUAAGACUUGUGGACUUCAACUCCCAGAGUCCCUCAGCCAGCAAAGCUUAAAGUCUUAAAGGGACCAAGGUUGGAGACCCCUGAUCUGAAGAACUGUUGCAACCCUGCGGGCUAAAAAAAGGAAAGAAAAGAAAAUUGUAUUAUUUGACCUUAUAAGCUGAAACCCACGUCAAAUGUUUCUCCACAGGAGGAAUCACAAAGUCUUGUUGAUAAAUGGCGUUCUACAUAUAUAUUCCAUGUUUACAUUUUAUAAAAGGCAUCAACAUAAGCCGUAAAGAAGUUGUACUUCUUACAACAUGCCUAAUAAUGAGCUAAAAUAUUAGGACAUAAUAUUACAAAGCUGUAUUUGCAGUCAUUUUUUUAAAUUAUUUUUAUUCUUCUGAAAGCAAAUUUUUUAUCCGAAUACAUGUUGUAGGAUGCAAGUAACUCCAAUUAAAACAUUUUUUUAAUCAACAUCCUUCUAGGAAAUAAUUUUCUUUAACUGCACUGGCUCUCUUUACAAAUUUAAUGUUGAAAAAAAUGUAGGCUUUUUUUGUUUUCCAACCAGAAACAAGUCUAUCAUUCAAGUCAGGAUGUCUAAAUCCUUUCUAAAUAUAAGCUCCCAUUGCUGGUUUGGGGUGGGAUUGCUUUUCAGAAAGAAUGUUUUCUCUAGGAAUGAAAUGUCAUACCUGUGGGAUUACAAUAAAUUGGCACACAAGCUGAAAUUUGAAGCUGUAACAUAAUAUUAAUAAAAUGUCUGGACAAAUUUCUUUU